AUGGUGUGAACCUGGGAGGCGGAGCUUGCAGUGAGCCAAAAUCUUGCCACUGCACUCCAACCUGGGCGACAGAGCCAGACUCCGUCAAAACAAAAAAGAAAAAAAAGAAAGGAAAGGAAAAGGGCAAGGGAGAGACGGAGAAGGGAGUCCUGCGGGAAGGGUGUUACUUUGUCGCCCAGGCUGGCCUGGACCCCUAGUUUCAGGGAUUCUCCCCCUCCGCUGCUUCCUGAGUAGCUGAGACCUCAGGCUUCUGUCCGGUGCCUGCAUCCCUGCUGUGUUUAAGCAGCAGGUGGUGACCUCUCUUUUCCCUGGCCUGAGCACUCCGUCCCGCAUCCCAGGCGGAGGCCCUAGGGAAGUCUCUGAAGCUGAGCACAGGGUGGACCCUCCCUCCCGAGUGAAUGCAGAAUAGAAAGGGAGAGGAUGUCUAUUCUGGUCUGUGGGCCGUCAGCAUGAAAUCGUGCGUUCAGCCUAGACAGGGCUUUGCAUUUCACAUUCUAGUUUGCAUCCCCGUUCCAGACAAUUCCAGGGCUUUUGAAUCAUGCCUCAACCUUCCUGGCCGCUCUGGCUUCCAAAAACCCGAAAAACAGGCUCUGGGUGCCAGGCAGAGAGACGCACAGGUCCCGCCCCGGCCCCGCCCUCUGCCGGUUCUCCAGGGCAAGGUCUCUCCGCCACGCGCCCCGCCCCUACCCCGCCCAGGCCCUGUUAACUUGCUCGCAGGCCCCGCCCAGGCCUGGUUUCUGUCCUGCGCGCAAACCGGGAAGCGGGUGGCGUGAGGUGAAGGUCCUACUGCGGAGCGAUUGAUUUCUACAGACUCAUGUUACGUGAGGAAACAGCUGAGAAGAGGAAAGGAAAGGAGCCCGGCAUGGCCCUUCCUCAGGGACGCGUGACUUUCAGGGAUGUGGCUAUAGAAUUCUCACUGGCGGAGUGGAAAUGCCUGAACCCUGCGCAGAGGGCUUUGUACAGGGAAGUGAUGUUGGAGAACUACAGGAACCUGGAGUCUGUGGAUAUCUCUUCCAAAUGCAUGAUGAAGGAGGUCUCAUCAACAGGGCAGUGCAAUACAGAAGUGUUCCACACCGGGACACUGCAAAGACAUGAAAGUCAUCACAUUAGAGAUUCUUGCUUCCGGGACAUUGAGAAAGAAAUUCAGGACAUUGAGUUUCAGUGUCGAGAAGAUGAAAGAAAUGGCCAUGAAGGACCCAUGACAAAAAUUAAAAUGUUCACUGGUAGUACAGACCGACAUGAUCAAAAAGAUGCUGGAAACAGGCCUAUUAAAGAUCAACUUGGAUCAAGCUUUCAUUCACAUCUGCCUGAACUGCACAUAUUUCAGAUCAAAGGUAAAAUGGGUAAUCAACUUGAGAAGUCUACCAGUGAUGCUCCCUCGGUUUCAACAUCCCAAAGAAUUUCUUGUAGACCCCAAAUCCAUAUUUCUAAUAACUGUUCCCCAAAUUCUUCAUUACUCACAGAAGAACAGGAAGUACACAUGACAGAAACAUCUUUCCAAUGUAAUGAGAGUGGCAAAGCCUUUAAUUGUAGCUCACUCUUAAGGAAACACCAGAUAAUCCAUUUAGGAGACAAAAUAUAUAAACGUGAUGUAUGUGGCAAGGUCUUUCAUCACAAGCAGUACCUUGCAGGCCAUCAGAGAUGCCACACGGGUGAGAAACCUUACAAGUGUAAUGAGUGUGGCAAGUCCUUCAGUCAGGUGUCAUCCCUUACAUGCCAUCGUAGACUUCAUACUGGAGUAAAACCUUACAAGUGUAAUGAGUGUGGCAAGCUCUUUGGUCAAAAUUCAGCCCUUGUAAUUCAUAAGGCGAUUCAUACUGGAGAGAAACCUUACAAGUGUAAUGAAUGUGACAAGGCUUUUAAUCAACAAUCAAACUUUGCACGUCAUCAUAGAAUUCAUACUGGAGAGAAACCUUAUAAAUGUGAAGAAUGUGACAAAGUUUUCAAUCGCAAAUCAACCCUUGAGACACACAGGAGAAUUCACACUGAAGAGAAACCAUACAAAUGUAAGGUUUGUGACGCAGUUUUCACGUGGAAUUCACAGCUGGCACGACACACCAGAAUUCACACUGUAGAGAAAACUUACAAGUGUAAUGAGUGUGGCAAGACUUUCAGUCACAAGUCCUCCCUUGUAUGCCAUCAUAGACUUCAUGGUGGAGAGAAAUCUUACAAAUGUGAGGUUUGUGACAAGGCUUUCGCAUGGAAUUCACACCUGGUAAGACAUACUAGAAUUCACAGUGGAGAAAAACCUUACAAGUGUCAUGAAUGUGGCAAGACCUUUCGUCAAAAUUCAGAUCUUUUAGUUCAUAAAUUAAUUCAUCCUGGAGCGCAACCUUACAAAUAUGAAGAAUGUGAAAAAGUUUUCAGUCGAGAAUCAACCCUUGAGACACAUAAGGUAAUUCAUACUGGAGAGAAACCAUACAAAUGUAAAGUUUGUGACAAGGCUUUUGCAUCUCAUUCCUAUCUGGCAAAACAUACUAGAAUUCAUAGUGGAGAGAAACCUUACAAGUGUAAUGAGUGCGGCAAGACCUUCCGUCUGAAGUCAUACCUUGUAUGCCAUCGUAGAGUUCAUAGUGGUGAAAAGCCUUACAAGUGUAAUGAGUGCAGCAAGACCUUCAGUCAGAGGUCAUACCUUCAUUGCCAUCGUAGACUUCAUAGUGGUGAGAAACCUUACAAGUGUAAUGAGUGUGGAAAGACCUUCAGUCACAAGCCAUCCCUUGUAUACCAUCGUAGACUUCAUACUGGAGAGAAAUCUUACAAAUGCACACUUUGUGACAAGGCUUUUGUGCGUAAUUCAUACCUAGCAAGACAUACUAGAAUUCACACUGCAGAGAAACCUUACAAGUGUAACGAAUGUGGGAAGGCUUUCAAUCAACAGUCACAACUUUCACUUCAUCAUAGAAUUCAUACUGGAGAGAAACUUUACAAAUGUGAAGCAUGCGACAAACUUUUCAGUCGCAAAUCACACCUUAAAAGACAUAGGAUAAUUCAUACAGGAGAGAAACCAUACAAAUAUAAGGUUUGUGACAAGACUUUUGGGAGUGAUUCACACCUGGCACAACAUACUGGAAUUCACACUGGAGAGAAAUCUUACAAGUGUAGUGAGUGUGGCAAAGCCUUUAGUGAGCAGUCAACAAUUAUUCCCCAUCAGACAGUUCAUGGUGUAGGGAAACUGAACUAAUGUAAUGAUUCUCACAAAGUCUUCAGUAAUGCUAAAACCGUUGCAAAUCAUUGGAGAAUCCAUAAUGAAGAGAGAUCUUACAAGUGUAACAAAUGUGGCAAAAUUUUCAGACAUCGUUCAUACAUGGCAGUUCAUUGCAAACUCAUACGGGAGAGAAACCUUACAAAUGUCAUGACUGUGGCAAGGUCUUCAGUCAAGCUUCAUCCUAUGCAAAAACAGGAGAAUUCAUACAGGAGAGAAACCUCACAAAUGUGAUGAUUGUGGCAAAGCCUUUACUUCAUGUUCACACCUUAUUAGACAUCAGAGAAUCCAUACUGGGCAGAAAUGUUACAAAUGUCACAAGUGUGGCAAGGUCUUCAGUCCGAGGUCACUCCUUGCAGAACAUCAGAAAAUUCAUUUUUGAGAUAACUGUUCCCAAUGCAAUGAGUAUAGCAAACCGUCAAGCAUUAAUUGACAUUAGAGUCAAAUCAGCAUUGAUUUGAGUUUGUAUUGACUUAACAUUGAGUUCAAGCCUUAAUUGACAUUAAAGUGUUUAUGUUAAGAGGAUUGAGCCAGGUGCGGUGGCUCACGCCUGUAAGCCCAGCACAUUGGGAAGGCAAGGCACGUAGGUCAUUUGAGGUCAGGAGUUUGAAACCAGCAUGGCCAACAGAUGUGAGCCACUUUUCCCAACCUGUUUACUGUUUCUUAUUUUCUAUUUUUCUCUUUUGAGAUAGUGUUUUUAAAAGAGAUAGUACUUUUUUGAGACAGUAGUUUUGAAAAGGGAUAUACCAUAGUACUUUUUAACAAGGAUAUCAGGCUGGGCACAGAGGCUCACACCUGUAAUCCCAGCACUUUGGGAGGCUGAGGCUGGUGGAUCAUGAGGUCAAGAGAUUGAGACCAGCCUUGCUAACAUGGUGAAACCCCGUCUCUACUAAAAAUACAAAAAAUUAGCCAGGGGUGGUGGCAGGUGCCUGUAGUCCCAGCUACUCAGGAGGCUGAGGCAGGAGAAUGGUGUAAACCCGGGAGGCAGAGCUUGCAGGGAGCCGAGAUCGCACCAGUGCACUGUAGCCUGGGCGACAGAGUGAGAGUCUGUCUCA